AGGGCCGGACAAAAGUGCAGAGCUUUGAGAAGCAGCCGACAAGUGCCGAGAAGCCUGAGAAGAAGACCACAAGACCUUUUCUGCAGAGAGCGAAACGUCCUCCGCGAAGGAUAUAAUACGGAAGCCUCAAGCAGGGCCAUGGAUUACCAGUCGAGCAUCAUCCGGGACGCGAACCCCAUGGAGAACCUGGAGAAGCAGUUGAUCUGCCCCAUCUGCCUGGAGAUGUUCACCAAACCCGUGGUGAUCCUCCCUUGCCAGCACAACCUCUGCCGGAAAUGUGCCAACGACAUCUUCCAGGCUGCGAAUCCCUACUGGCAAACAUCCCGUGGAACAACCAUCUCAGGGGGUCGGUUCCGCUGCCCUUCCUGCCGCCACGAAGUCAUCCUGGACCGCCACGGCGUCUACGGCCUCCAGAGGAACCUUCUGGUGGAGAACAUCAUUGACAUCUACAAGCAGGAAUAUUCCAGCCGACCCCUGAAGAAGGGCAACCACCCGAUGUGCAAAGACCACGAGGACGAGAAGAUCAACAUCUACUGCUUGACCUGCGAGGUGCCCACCUGCUCCAUGUGCAAAGUCUUUGGGGCUCACAAGGACUGCGAGGUCGCGCCCCUCCAGAGCGUCUUCCAGGGACAAAAGACGGAGCUGAGCAACUGCAUCUCGAUGCUGGUGGCAGGCAACGACAGGAUCCAGACCAUCAUCAACCAGCUGGAGGAGUCCUGCAGGACCACGGAGGAGAACAGCCGGCAGGUCAAGCAGUCUUUGCACGAGAAGUUCGAAGGGCUGAUUGGCAUCUUGCAGGAGAAGAGGAACGAGUUGCUGGAGCGCGUCACCAAGGAGCAAGAAGAGAAGGUCGGCUUCAUGAAGAACCUCAUCCACCAGUACAACGACCAGCUGGAGAAGUCUUCCAAACUGGUGGAGACCGCCAUCCAGUCCAUGGAGGAGGAAGGAGGGGCCGAUUUCCUCCUGAGUGCAAAACAGCUCAUUAAAACAAUUGUGGAUGCAUCAAAGGGAGCUCAGCUGGAGAAGAUCGAGUCGGGCUUUGAAAACAUGGACUACUUCAUUGUAGACACAGAGAGUGUCACCGAAAUCUUGAGAAGCCUUGACUUUGAGCCAGAUGAAGAGAGUGAAGAAGCGAACGAGGAAGAAGACGAAACAGAAGAGGAAGAACUUCAAGUUGGAAGAGUCGACAAUCCUCAGUAACGGAGCCAGGAGUCACGAAUUCCAAGGACGGAAAUGCAACUGUCGAUAUGCAGAAAUUACCGGGAAGAUUUGGGGGGAAGAUGUGGGACGGGGAAGCGGGUGAAACCCAAAGGAGAUGCCCGUGAUGCGAGAGCCAAGGAGAAGAUAAAGGCCGGCCGGAGAGAGAAGAGCCACCGGGGAAAGGGGAGCGCUUGGCAAUUCGGAACGGAAAACAAGCACAGAGACACUUUUCUACACGGGUGCAAAAAACAGAGAACUUUCAUACAUUUUUAUAUGUUUUGUGUGAGUGUGUGGGUUUUUUUUUGUACAUAAUUGCCAAGACACUUGAUUUUUUUCCCUUUGUUUUCCCCUUUUUUAAAAGUGAACUCUUCCACAGAUUGGAGGGCGAUGAGUGUGGGAAUGAGUUCGAGGAUUUCUUUGCACUGAGUAGAAUAGAAGACGAUAGGAAAGAAGUUUAGUGUUAGACGAGGCAUGGCCCAAGUUGGCCCAGGCCUGUGUUAGACUAUAGCAACAAAACAAAACACUCGUUUUCGUUCACUUAUUGAUCUAAAAAGAGAGGUCCGAAGAAGAAUAUUCUCCACUUCGGUGUCUAUAGUUGAACUUGAAAGGUGCAUGUUGAUUUCCCCACCCUUUUUUUGGUUGUAUAUAGCUACACAAUAAAAACAAAUUCCAGUUUUAA